CACUAAGUGCUCUCCUCUUAUAUUGAUCGGUUGGUUCUUGCCCUGCCUAGUCCUCAGGGAGAAGCAAGACAAAAUAACAAGACGGCCCAGGGAAAACAUAGCAUAAAUAUAUAUAGUUUGUUGCCGAUUAAAUUUCCUUUGCAGGUAAUGAGGCGAUGGCACGUAAACUGGUGAAUAGGAUAUCGGAAACGAUUACUCGUUUUGUAUGACACGCGGCUACAAUACGCGCGGUGCCCACGGUGCAACCCAGUGAAUGUAUUAGUUAGGCGCGAGAUCAAUGGUUGUCUUUCAGUUUCACAGUUUCUCUGUGAGCGUUUGUCUAGGCUGGAUUGCGUAUGACUGCUAUUGACAGUGCGUUUGUAGUUACCGAUUUAGAAUGAUUUGCAAGGCGCUUUGUGUAACUGGUACCGUGCUUCUGUGCGUCUCCUUGGGACUCAGCGCGCCUAUGGCAGACCAGUACUCCCGGAGUGUGGACUGGCUGACGCGGUAUGGGUACCUGUUACCGCCAGACCCACGAACGGGCCUGCUCCAGACCAAGGAGGGGAUUCACCGGGCUCUUCGACAGAUGCAGAGAUUCGCUGGCCUGAAUGAAACAGGGGAGCUGGACGCCGCCACCGUUUUCCUCAUGUCCACUCCGCGCUGUUCCCUCCCCGACAUCGUGGGAACGGGGGACCUGCGCAGGCGGAGGAGGAAGCGAUACGCCCUGUCGGGGCUGCAGUGGGACAAGGCGGACCUCACCUGGAGUGUCGAGAGCUAUCCCUCUCCCUCCACCUCUCCGUCUCUCCGCCCCGAGUUAGUGGUGCUCAUCCUGACCUACGCCCUCAAAACGUGGGGCGACGUUACCCCGCUGCGCUUUCACCCCCUCCCCCGUCGGGGGGGAGCGGGCGGAGGGAGGACGGAGGAAGGGGACAUCAAGGUGUCCUUCGCGCGGUCCUUUCACAACGACGGGUACCCCUUCGACGGCAAGGGCGGCACGCUCGCCCACGCCUUCUUCCCGGGGCGGUCCGACCUCGCCGGGGACGUGCACUUCGACGACGAGGAGGCCUGGACUCACCCCGGCUCGCCGAGAUUCCGUGGCAGUACAGACCUCUUCACAGUGGCCGUCCAUGAGUUCGGCCAUGCCCUGGGCCUCUCCCAUUCGUCCUCUGAUGCGUCAAUCAUGAGGCCCUAUUACCAGGGCCCUGUGGGGGAUAUCAGUAGCUUCAGACUUCCUGAGGAUGACAGGCUAGGCAUCCAGACACUCUAUGGAAACAGAGGAGGAUUGAUGACUCCACCUCCAGAUUCCCCUGCCACUCCCAGUUUGCCCCGCCCUCCAACUCCUCCAUCUCCAAGACCAACAAAACACCUAGAUCCAUCUCAUCUGGAUCGCUGUGAGGGAGGCUAUGAUGCUGUGGCCAAUAUCCGAGGAGAAGUGUUCUUCUUUAAGGGUCCGUAUUUCUGGCGGGUCCAGCGGUCGGGGUCCCUGGUGUCGCUUUCCCCGGCUCUGAUCUGCAACUUCUGGAAGGGGCUCCCCCGCGAAACCCGCCGAAUCGACGCUGUCUACGAGAGGAAGGGCGACAGCCGCAUAGUCUUCUUCAUCGGUGACCAGUACUGGGUCUUCAAGGACACGUCCGCCCUCCAUGGGUACCCCCGCCCCCUGUCAGACUGGGGGUUGCUCUCAGGCGACGGGAGGCCGUCUGAGAGGGUGGGGGCGGCGUUCGUGUGGGCACAUAACGGAAAGACCUACCUGUUCAGCGGAGGGGAGUUCUGGAGGUUUGAUGAAGGAGGGAGGGGGGCAAGGACUCUGAAUACGGGCUACCCCAGACCUACCUCCCUCUGGGGCGGGGUUCCCACUGACCCCGAUGACAUCAUGAGCUGGACUGAUGGGGACACUUACUUCUUCAAGAACAACUCCUAUUGGGUGGUGAAGAGUGGAGGAUUGGAUCAUGAAACUGUCACUCCUAAAUCUAUCGCAGUUGAUUGGAUGAGAUGUCCGCCUCCUUCGACUCCUACCCAGUUAUCAGGCAGCUGCAAUGCUAGGGCCUGGAAGUGCAACUGUACCAGGAACAGAACUGUCCUAAUUCAGGCCUCCCAUUGGCUAAUCUUAUUUUCCCUCACUUUGAUAUUCUGGUCUCUUUUAACUCAUUGACAAAUGACUUUAGUUUGAGUUUUGAAUGUACAAGGAUGCAUUUACUUGGAUUAUUUGAAUAGCAGAAAUCAUUUUUAGUUGUAAUGCAAUAUAAACUGGGUUGAAUUCCAAUUAAUAUGUUUUAUAUUACAAUAUUUGAAAGGGUUAACUUUGUAUUAAAUCAUUUGAAGAGAACAAAAACUUCAAUGGGAUACCCUUCCUUUCCAAUUAAAAUGUGCAGAGAUGUGAACAACAGAUUCUCUGGAAUAAUAUUUUAGAAUAAAUUAUCAAAUUUAUAAAUGAA